AUGGAUCACGCGCACAUGGAUCACUCAAAGAUGGACCACUCCGCCAUGGAUCACGGCGACAUGGGAGGACACGGAAUGGGAGGCGGAAUGGGCGACCGGUGCAGCAUGAACAUGCUCUUCACCUGGGACACCAAGAACCUCUGCAUCGUCUUCCGCCAAUGGCACGUCCGCUCCACCGGCGGCCUCGUCAUCUCGCUCCUCCUCGUCGUCGCACUCGCCGCAGGCUAUGAAGCCCUCCGCGCCGCUUCCCGCCGUUACGAGAACUCUGUAAAUAAGCGCGUUGACUCGCUCCCGAGACGCGAACAGGCAGAGGCCAGCAGGAGCGCACACCUCGUCAAGGCCGCCCUCUACGCCGCGCAGAACUUUUACGCCUUUAUGCUCAUGCUCGUCUUCAUGACAUAUAACGGCUGGGUCAUGGUCGCCGUCGCCGUCGGCGCUUUUGUGGGCUACGCCGCGUUCGGCAGCUCGACCUCCUCGACCAAGGACAACGCCUGCCAUUGA